CCAACCACCACAGGCACCACGGGCACCGCCACCCCCUUGUUCGGAUCGUCUGUGUCCUUCUCCCCCCCCCACCACCACCACCGAUGUCUGCGCGCUCGUCUCGGCUCCAGAACCGCGCUGCUCCCGCCCCGAACUGACGGCGGCAUGUCGGCACUGAAGGAGAACCACAGCUACGGUCUGUCCAGCGCCAAACCCGCCGAGAACGUGUCUGUUUUUCACGUCAAACUCACUGACAGCGCGGCAAGAGCUAUCGGGGGUUUUCAGAGCGCCAAGGGCUGGACCUCCUCUCCCACCAUCUGUUUUGGCGACAACAAAGGGAAAAUCUCCAUCCCCUGUUCAGACAACCAGGACAAAGUCAGGGUUUUUACCUUCACCCUCAACAAUGUGUCCAGCCACAACCCACACGGACGAUUCGAGUGUGUCCAACAGACCAAUGUCCGGGCUGCAGAGGAGCUCUCGUGUCUGGGCGUGAUCCAGAAGAAGAUGACGGUGAACGCCACGGAGGACUCGUACGACAAGGCCAUCCAGAGCAUGGCCCAGGCCGAGGAGGAGACCCGGAGCAGGGGGGCCAUCGUCAUCAAGCACGGGGGCCGAUUCCAGGGUCGAAAGGUGACCGUGCGCUCUCCGGCCGCGGCCAAUUCCAACCAAACCAAGCCGAAACCUCAGAGCCACUCCCUCCUCAGCAGUAUGAAGAAAGGUGUCAGCAGGUCAAAGGUCACAAAGGCCACGGCCGCGUUAGGUCAACACAACAGCGGUACGGAGGAGGUCCAGCGCAGGCCCCUGAGAGAGAGAGUCACCCACCUGCUCGCCCUCAAACCCUACAGGAAACCAGAACUGCUGCUCCGGCUGCAGAGGGACGGGCUCAGGCCGGAGGACAAGGGGCAACUGGAGAACGUGCUGCAGGAGGUGGGUCAGCAGAGCAGUAAAGACAAUGCGUUUGUUCUGAAGGACAGUCUGUUCAAAGAGCUGCAGAAGGACUGGCCCGGGUACACGGCAGGAGACCAGCAGCUGCUCAAGCGCAUACUCGUGAGGAGACUCUUCCAGCCUCAGCAGAACCUCCUCUCGGUCCCGGAGGCCCAGGUCAGCCCGCUCAGAGACACGCCCAACUCCUCCCCCGCCCACCGCCCCAAACACUCGCUCUACGACGACUACACCGACCCCCUCCUCUCCAAACGCCUCCGGAUAUCCCACCUGUCCGCCAAAACCGACACGAGCAGGCCCAGACGCACCGACCCGGCUCAGCCCAGGCCGGACCCGAGCCGGCUGACGGAGAACAAGAACCGCUUAGACCCUAAAAAGCUGUUUGAGUCGUUAUCGGAGAUGGACAAAAGAUUAGAGCCGGGGAAAGGUGAGAAGGAGGAGGAGGAAAAGGAGGAGAGGACGGAAGUGGCAGAAAAUCACCAUAGCAACAUCGAUCAUCCCCCGUCGCCUCUCGUCGUCCCGGAUCUGCCCCGACCCAAAGUGGCACGGAGGAAAAGCAAACACAAGCAUAAAGAAAAGGAGAAAGACAAGAGCAAAGAGAGAAAAACUAAAGUAGAAGACGACGCAAACCAGAUUUCUCAAGAUUACACAGAUUCUUGUGAAAAGCUGUUAGACUCCAACAUACUACAAGCCUACGACACAAUGGACUAUUUAUCGAAGUACACCAGCAUCAGGUCGUCCCAGCAGAGGCAGAGCUACAAACUGGACUUUAACCGCGAGUACAGCGAGUACAGAGACCUGCACGCUCGCAUCGACUCCGUCACCAGACAGUUCAUGGAGCUGGACUCUCAGCUCAAGCAGCUGCAGCACGACUCACAGAAAUACAAGACUGUUCAUAAUCAAAUCGUCCAAGAAUAUCGCAAGAUUAAAAAGUCCAACCCCAACUACAGCCAGGACAAAAUCCGCUGCGAGUACCUGCACAGCAAACUGGCACAUAUCAAGAAGCUGAUCUCUGAGUACGACCAGCGGCAGAUGAGAGGAGAGAGCCCCGGGCCGCGCUGAAAAGCACUACUGAAGAAGAAGAAGAAGAACUGGCUUUUGUACUGUAUGUUGGCGAGCCCGCUGCCGACGUCCACGGAGGACCACUUUGCUAGUUUCUGUUCAACUGCGCGUCGCGUGGUCUGCUAACUACUGCCCGUGUUCGCGGCGCUCCUCACGGUUUAAAGCGGUAUUCAAAAUGGCAGCUACAAGUACUGAAGAAAAGGGUUCGUUUAAGAUUACAAAUAGGUUGGGUUCACGUGAUAAAGCAUUCUCCUUAGGUUAAAGUCGAGAUGGAGGAUCGGUCAGAGUUCUGUGGUAGAAUUUGCUGUACCUGAUUGAAAAAUGUGAAAAACAGAACGACUUGCAGUGGUCCGAAGUCAUUCCUCACUUACCUUAUGCAUUCAGAGCCUAACUAUUCACCACAAUUUUCACAAUUCUGAAACACCAGUGAGUAGUUUUGGCUGUAAAGACUGUAAAGAUAACAAAAAACUAACUUAUCAGACAAUAAAACGGUUCAUAAUUAAAUGCAAACAGGACACGGUGGACUUAUUUUGACCUCAAGAGCUGCUUAUACAAUAUAUCUGCACUUUGGCAUGACAAAUUUUGCUUAAAUAUACAGGGUUACAUUCCCUUUUAAUAUCUCUGUAAUUACUGGACCUGUCUACUAGGGGUGGAACGAGAUGGGAUCUUCGAGAACGAGACAAAACAAGACUUUGACAUUCUUCAUAAAAAAAUAAAUUGUGUAAUCCAGUUCCCAAUUUAUGGCCUCGCUGUUUUUAAUUUACUUAAAUAUUUGUGCUGUCACUGUAGCAGCGCUUUUUGGGACUACAGCUCAAAAAAAUGUAACUCACCACUACUUAACUAAAUUUUUUAUCCAAUCCAGACAUAAAAACACAGGGGAAAAAAUCUCACAAGAUAAUUUUCAGCAUGUGUGCACAAUCUUGUGGCGAUUUUCUCUCGCAAGAUCUUGUCCCAUCCCGACUAUCUACAUGAAACAGAAGUUCAAUGUCAUCUCAAUCAUAAAACUUCAGAAUAGUUUCAAAAUGCGAUGCUGUAGUCAGUUAGAAACACUUCAAGCCAGUUUUCAUUUCAAUUUGCCAGGGUUCCCACGGUCAUGGAAAUCCUGGAAAAGUCAUGGAAACUGAAAAUGUCAUUUUCCAGGCCUGAAAAAGUCACACAAUUUUGUAAAUUCAAUGAAAGUUUUGGAAAAGUCAUGAAAUUUUAGUAUCUUUUUCACUCAACUAUAUCGUUCUGUUAAGUUUUAUUCAUUCAUUAGGCUGUUGAUGAUUAUUUCCAAACGUUUGUGCCUUUUAUUUAAAAGAGACGACAAUAAAUGCACUGACAGUAUUUUGAAUGUUAAAAAACUAUAAUACCAAACCAUAAGGUGAGUGGAAAGGGUUAACAUUUCAUAUUUAGCCAUAUAGGCUGCCGUAAAGUCGUGGAAAAAUCACUUUAGGUCAUUAAAAAGUUAUGGAAAAGUUCUAAAAUUUUGUUGGUGAAAAGGAGUGGGAACCCUGAUUUGUGGACCGAAUCCUUAACAAAUAAUAACAGUUCCACAUUUGUAGAUUUUCAGCUUGUUUACUUCUUUUAAUAAUGGCAAAUUUCCCGUAGAGUUAUAAUGGCCACUGCCCUCCAUCUGAAAUUAUGAAAUGAAACGUUAGACUGUCGUGAACUGGCGCGUUGACCCAGCUGGGAUGUUUAAGUAUGGGUUUACAUUCAAUCAUAAAAUCAAAUGUGAUGUUUUUGCUCGUGUUCAGUUACCGUCAGUGUUGCUACGUCGGAAGCAUGUGAUACUUACAUUCCCAAAGUAAUUACAUUUUGGUUCGGUUUCCACGUCGUGUGUCGUGAAAAAUACUGUCUUUAAAUUUUCAGUUCUGUGACUUCAGUAUACGUCUGUCAGUGUUCAUACGUCCAAGGUUUGAUUUCUGGAUUUCAAUGUUUCGCUAAAAUGUGCCUAAAAUCAAGAUGUAAAAUCAAUUCAGAGUAUUCAGAUCAGACACUGAGAUGCCAUCCUGUUUGUUAGAAGUGUUAUAAGGCCAGCAGUAACAGGUACUUUGUCCAAAUACUGCUGGGAUGAAGUGGUCAAUGUUGCAUGCUGCGGUGUACUACAAAAUAAAACUUGUAUUAUAUUUUAA